AUGCUCCCAGGCACGAAACCCAAAGAUGGGGAAGCAAACCCGGCGUCUGGGAGACUUACAGAGGUAGACCCUCAAGCGCUGGAGGAAGCGGCUGCUACUCCAACUUUUGGAAACCUUGCUUCUUCCUCACGGAACCCAGCUGCGAUCACUGAGACUCGUUAUGAUGCUUCACAAGACCGGUCUCCAAUCAGAACUCUCAGCGAAGACAGGGUUCAUGUCUCCUUGAGAUUGGGACCUCUUUUUGUCUCUGAAGAAGAAGAAAACGUGGAAGCCCAUCUAAAGGCAAAAGACCCAGCGCCAGCUAGAAUGGAUACACGCUCAGGGAGGAAUACAACAGUUAACGUGCCCUCUCUUAAACGUGGUCAGGGAAGCCAAUCUUAG